ACUCACACAGUCUGAGACGGACACACACAACUGACGUCGCCCGUCUCCUCUGUUGCUCUCUCCCUACUUAAAAUCUCCGCCCCUUGCCCAAAUCACAAGGGACGGGCUCGCCGGAAUUGCCAGGAGGGACGGGCGAGGUUCGCGAGGAAGAGGAGUAGGAAUUCGCUCCCCGUUUCGCGUAAUUCGAGUUUCGCCCGGGUGGGGGACGCACGCAGAUGUGAGCGAUCCCAUCCCAUGGCUGCAUCAACGGCGGCCGGCGGUGGCGGGGGAGGUGCGGGAGUGCCGGCGGAUGUGCUCUUCACGGAGCUUUGGAAGGCUUGCGCGGGGCCGCUGGUGAAUGUGCCGGCGGUCGGGGAGAGGGUCUUCUACUUACCGCAGGGACACAUCGAGCAGGUGGAAGCGUCGACGAACCAGGUCGCCCAGCAGCAGGGUGCGCCCCUCUACAAUCUGCCAUGGAAGAUCCCGUGCAAGGUCAUGAACGUCGAACUGAAGGCCGAGCAAGAUACUGAUGAGGUGUAUGCUCAGCUCACCCUGCUUCCUGAGAAGCAGAAAAAUGAAAAUGUCUCCUCGGAGAAGGAGGAGGAGGUGCCUGCUGCACCACCAGCUGCGAAUGAGCGUCCUUGUGUGCACUCCUUCUGUAAGACUCUGACUGCUUCGGACACAAGCACACAUGGCGGAUUCUCGGUGUUGCGCCGGCACGCAGAUGAGUGCCUUCCACCGCUGGAUAUGAGUCAGCAUCCCCCAACUCAAGAGCUGAUGGCCAAAGAUCUGCAUGGGGUCGAGUGGCGCUUCCGUCACAUCUUCCGAGGUCAGCCAAAAAGACACCUUCUGCAGAGCGGGUGGAGUGUUUUUGUUAGUAACAAGCGUCUUAUUGCUGGGGAUGCCUUCAUAUUUCUCAGAGGUGAGAAUGGGGAACUACGUGUCGGAGUUCGGCGUGCAAUGAGACAACAAGCCAAUAUUCCAUCUUCGGUCAUAUCGAGUCACAGUAUGCAUCUUGGUGUCCUUGCAACAGCAUGGCAUGCUGUGAACACUGGGUCUAUGUUCACUGUAUACUAUAAGCCAAGGACUAGUCCAGCUGAAUUUGUGGUCCCUUGCGAUCGGUACUAUGAAUCGCUGAAACGAAAUCAUUCAAUAGGGAUGCGAUUUAAGAUGAGAUUCGAAGGUGAGGAGGCUGCAGAGCAAAGAUUCAGUGGAACGAUAGUUGGAAUAGGUGAUUCUGAUCCAUCUGGCUGGGCGGACUCAGAAUGGCGUUCUCUUAAGGUGCGGUGGGAUGAAGCGUCUUCUGUUCCUCGUCCUGACCAAGUUUCCCCUUGGCAAAUAGAACCUGUGGCUAGCCCUCUUCCUGUCAGUCCACAGCAGGCACCCAGAUACAAGAGGUCUCGUCCAAAUGUUAUAGUUUCUUCAUCUGACUUGUCUUCUGUAAACAAAGAAGUUUCUUCGAAAGCCGUUGCAAACUCGCACCAAAAUCAGCUUCCAAAGACCUUCCAGAGUCAAGAAAAUGCGAUAUUCGAAAGUCGUUUCGGUGAUCCUAAUGAUUUAAAUAGUUCCACGAAGCUUACCAUGUGGCCUUCUGAGCAUGAUCAAGAGAAAAGUAUCACCCAGAGGAAACUGAAUUCCAAAGGUUGGGUCCAGGUGCAAAGGCCUGAAGGUUACACUGACAUGUUAUCGGGAUUUCAGCCACUGAAAGCUACACAGAACUCAUUGUGUUAUUUUCCUAGUCAGAUAUCUGAGAAUUGUUCAACCACCUGGAACAUGAUCAAUGUUCAUUAUCCAAACCAACAAGUUAACCGCAACACGUUGCCUGACACAUGGUCUUUUAUGGCUCCUAAUGCUGGUUUCGGGGUGAUACGACCUGAUUACCUAACUAGGCAUGGCAAAACACUCCCUCAAAGCACAGAAAAUGCAAAAUUUAGCUGGAAUGGAGAUUUCACUUCACUUCAGGUCCAGGGCACUGAUCAGCGCUCCUCCGGUUGGUUUGACCAUGCUGAGCUGAGUUCCCACACAGAAGAUACCUCUCCGAACUUAAUCAAGCCACAGGCACCGGUCAUUGCUCAAGAUCUUCGGAAAACUAAAGGUCCUCCGUGUAUGCUAUUUGGGAUUCCUCUUGACAGCCCUAAGAAAUCUGAACCUCUGAUAUCCCCCACAAAUGUUGCAUAUGAUUGGAAGCCCCAAACCCCUCAUUCAGUAAAAGAGCCUGAAGUUGAUAAAAGUUCUGAUCCUCCCAGAAUUGUGAAUCCACUUGAUGGAACUCAGCUAUAUUCCGUUAUGGAAAAACACCAGUCUUGUCCAGAAGCUUCCAGAAAUACUCAGAGCAAAAUGCAAAAUUGGUCCAACCGGAGCUGCACGAAGGUCCACAAGCAAGGCAUUGCACUUGGUAGGUCGGUUGAUCUGGCGAGGUUCACGUGCUAUGGUGAGUUGAUUGCUGAACUGGAUCAGAUGUUUGACUUCCACGGUGAGCUGAAUGGUUCUGGCAAGAAUUGGAUGGUCGUGUACACUGACACUGAUGGUGAUAUGAUGCUUGUUGGGGAUGACCCGUGGAAUGAAUUCUGCGAUGUGGUUCAUAAGAUCUUCAUCUAUACGAGGGAGGUGAUCCAGAAGAUGAAUCCAGGUGCCCUCAGAGAAAGAUCAGAAGAUAAUCUGUCUGCCUCCCUGGAAAGAGGGUUGCUGGCAGAUACCCGAGGUGGCUUGACCACACCAUCCCUGAUGUCUCAAAACUGCUAGUAUGUUGUGUCGGUGAGCUGUGUCUUUGGCGGCAAUACUUGCUCCAACUAUCUAACAGGACAAGUGUUGUCCACUUGUUGCAGAUCUUUUGUAGUGCCAACCCAGAGGCGACAUGAGAGCUUUUUCGUGGCAUAGUUGGUCUGUUGAUGCGUGUAUCGGGUAUGUGAACCCUGUGGUAUCCCUGUCUGUAGAUGGUGCGUGUCCUGUUGUCUGUUGGCCCCGUUCGUCCAUUGAUAGAAGUUUUGGGUGAGAUUUGUUGGUUUAAGUUCAUUGCGUUAUGCGUCCAGCAGGAGAAAACGAAUAGACUGACAUCCUGGGCGCUUGCUUUACCUUAUCUAAUCCUCCAUUGUACAUUA